CCCUCCCCUUCUCUAGCGCUUUUCAGGCAGACUGAAAUGGCCCUUCAUGUUGCAUCUAAGGGUGAAAGACCGCAAGGAGCAAGUCCACAUAGAUUCCAGAAAACGACUGUGGGCCUCACUUUCCCACGUGCGGAAGAUAAAGCAACACCAUUGUUUUCUACCAUCCACCAGGGACCCCACACGCAAAACUCGUCCUCCCGGGGUCGGCCUCUCACCACUGCGCUAGCUCUCAGACUGCUGGAGCGCAGCUCGCGGAGGCUCGGCGGCAGGAGGAGCGUGUGAGCUGGAGGCGUCCCUUUAAGAGCGGCCAGCCGGGCGAGCCUCCGCCUCCAGGACCGCAGCGCUGCCGGCGGUCACCUGGGGCUGUCGCACAGCAGGGUCCCGGCAGGACCAGCGCACUAAGCCCUCGGAGUCCGCGUGGGGGCUCGAACUUGAGGUGCGGCGGGCCAGGCAAAGAGCGCGGCGGUCCCCUUCCACGGGUCCGGCGGAGGAUGCGGGAGAGCACGUGGGUGUCGCUGCUGUUGCUGCUGCUGCUCGCGCCGCAGCGGGGCAGCCCCCAGGACGGUCGCCAGUCCCCUGAGCCGGAGCCCGAGCGCGGCCCGCUGCAGCCCUUCGACCUACUAUACGCCAGCGGCGUGGCUGCCUACUACAGCGGCGACUACGAGCGUGCGGUGCGGGACCUGGAAGCCGCCCUGCGCAGCUACCGGCGCCUGCGGGACAUCCGCACGCGCUGCGCCCGCCACUGCGCGGCGCGCCGCCCGCUCGCGCCCCCAGGCGCCGGCCCCGGAGCCGAGCUGCCCUUCUUCCGCGCGGUGCUAGAGCGGGCGCGCUGCUCCCGCAGCUGCCAGAGCCAGCGCCUGGGAGGCCCCGCGUCCCGCCAUAGCGUCAGCGAGGACGUGCGCAGCGACUUCCAGCGCAGAGUGCCCUACAACUACCUGCAGAGGGCCUACAUCAAGCUCAACCAACUGGAAAAGGCCAUGGAAGCGGCUCACACAUUCUUCAUGGCCAACCCCGAGCACAUGGAAAUGCAGCAGAGCAUAGAGGACUACAAAGCGACAGCAAGAGUGGAAGCGCCCCUGGUAGACAGAGAAGCCAGGCCGCACCUGGAGAGUUAUAAUGCUGGCGUUAAACAUUAUGAGGCUGAUAACUUUGAAGCAGCAAUCAAGUACUUUGAACAAGCUUUAAGAGAAUAUUUCAAUGAAGAUAUGGAGUGCCGUGCUCUAUGUGAGGGGCCUCAGAGAUUUGAGGAAUAUGAGUACUUAGGGUAUAAAGGUGGUCUUUAUGAGGCAAUCGCAGAUCACUACAUGCAGGUUCUUGUCUGUCAGCAUGAGUGUGUGAGGGAACUCGCCACCCGCCCAGGCCGCCUCUCACCAAUCGAGAACUUUCUUCCCUUGCAUUAUGACUACCUCCAGUUUGCCUACUACAGAGUUGGUGAAUAUGUGAAAGCCUUGGAGUGUGCCAAAGCCUACCUGAUGUUCCAUCCCGACGACGAGGAUGUCCUGGACAAUGUAGACUUCUAUGAGAGUCUGCUGGAUGACAGCACUGACCCAGCAUCCAUUGAGGCCCGAGAGGAUUUAACAGCAUUUGUCAAACGUCAUAAACUUGAAGCUGAACUCAUCAAGUCAGCUGCAGAAGGCCUGGGAUUUUCAUACGCUGAACCGAAUUACUGGGUCAGUUAUGGAGGACGGCAGGAUGAGAACAGAGUCCCUUCAGGAGUGAAUAUGGAUGGGACAGAAAUUCAUGGAUUGUCAAUGGGAAAGAAGUCACCACCCAAGAUAGGUCGAGAUCUAAGAGAAGGUGGCCCUCUGCUCUAUGAGAACAUCACCUUCGUCUACAACUCCGAACAGCUGAACGGGACUCAACGGGUUCUUCUAGAUAACGUCCUGUCGGAAGAGCAGUGCCGGGAGCUCCACAGUGUGGCGAGUGGAAUCAUGCUGGUUGGUGAUGGAUACCGAGGGAAAACGUCACCCCACACACCCAACGAGAAGUUUGAAGGAGCAACUGUUUUGAAAGCACUCAAAUUUGGUUAUGAAGGCCGGGUGCCACUCAAGAGUGCAAGGCUGUUCUAUGACAUCAGCGAGAAGGCUCGGAAGAUUGUGGAAUCCUAUUUCAUGCUGAACUCAACCCUGUAUUUUUCCUAUACACACAUGGUCUGCAGAACAGCCCUGUCUGGGCAGCAGGAUCGAAGAAAUGACCUCAGUCACCCCAUCCAUGCAGACAACUGCCUGCUGGAUCCAGAAGCCAAUGAGUGCUGGAAGGAGCCUCCUGCCUACACCUUCCGGGACUACAGUGCUCUCCUGUAUAUGAAUGACGACUUUGAAGGAGGAGAAUUCAUCUUCACGGAAAUGGAUGCUAAAACUGUGACUGCUUCUAUAAAACCAAAGUGUGGGCGAAUGAUCAGCUUCUCCUCUGGAGGCGAGAACCCUCAUGGGGUGAAGGCAGUCACCAGAGGCCAGCGCUGUGCUGUGGCACUGUGGUUUACCCUAGACCCUCUUUACCGAGAACUGGAGCGGAUACAGGCGGAUGAAGUGAUUGCCAUCUUGGAUCAAGAACAGCGCGGGAAGCAUGGGCUGAAUAUUAACCCCAAAGAUGAGCUAUAGAAAAGAGAGUGUUCUAUUGACUAUUUAUUGAAAUAGAUAAUCUUAUGAGAACCUUUUUAUUUUUGUACAGAGCCGUGGUAUGAAUUAACAGGAUACUGAGAGUCGUUAGAUUCCCCCUCUGUUCCUACCUUUGCUCGCUUUGCUGUCUUUCGGUCUUAACUGAUUUUCUUCAGUUCAUCAUUCAGAGCCCAGUCACACCUUCAAGCACACACCACACCGAGUCACAACACACAUACUCUACAUGCCACACAGGUAAAUGAAGAACAUAAAUUUACUACAGAAGCACAGUCAUCCAUUUACACAUAACACAAACUCCAAAACACAUCACACAUACAUGAACAUACCCAAACACAUGCCCCCCAGAUAUACAAACACUACAUCUCUGUCUCUCUGUCUCUCUGUCUCUCUCUCCCUCUCCCUCUACCUCUCCCUCUCUCUUUCCCCCCACCACACACACACACACACACACACACACACACAGUUAAAUUGCUGCUGUGUAUUCAGAAACUCAACAUAAUAGGCUGGUCCUCAGCCCCCCACAGCUAGAGUGCACCCUGAGUCUAAAGAUGGACUGUGAAUUGGUCUCAGGCCUCUGUGGUUUGCUGCCUUCCCCCAUCACCUUUCAUGGUACUGAUGGCUGAGAGUUCAGACUCUUCACAGCAAGCUUGCCUUGUAUCUGAGGAGCCCCUGGUACACCAUCUUCCAGGCCCCAAGAAUCACAGAGAGUGGCAUCUUUCAAGCUUGAGGAAGCCACCACUGGAAUAAGGACUGUGACAUAAGACCCCCUUGGGUAGAAUGUAAAGAUUGGUAUUUUCAGCAGAAGUUCUGAUUCCCCUCCACAGUGCUCUGCAAGGGCACCUCUGAGUUGUCCUUAAACAGGCACAAAGAGGUUCCGGCAGGGUAGGUGCACACCAGUGAUAAUGGAAGAAGAGACAUCUUUAAUUCCCCUGCCCCGGGCACUUUUGCUAAGCUGCUGGAGAGGGGCUGCUGCUGGGGUAAAUUCAGAACUGUUUCUCACAGGCUACCUCUGGUGGGCAGCCUUUUCUCUGCUCUGCUGUCAGCUCACAGAGGCAUGCUGUGUCUGAGGUGUUUAAUAAAGGAAUCCUUGUUACAGCAUUUGUCUUCUGAUGCACACCCAUUUUAUCUUCCAGUGAUGCCUUUGUAACUAUUUAGGACAACCGGGAAGCAAUGGACCAUGACAACUCUGCCAGCAGACAGUGGGCUGCAGGAAAGUGGGUAGCUUGCUUUGGAGGGAACAGGACUGGCCAGCAAAUUGGAGUGUUAAUUCAGAGAACUUAAAGACUGAGGGGUUCACUACAAAGGCUCUGCUCUGUCUUACUCUAGCCUACAGGAGACCACACUUGUAGGUACCGGGACCUGCAAGGCUUGUGACGUCAUACAAGUGACAAUUAAGACAAUGUAUAGGUCUGUUGCCAAGGCAACAGCCGCCGUAUACCCAGAAUUCCAUGGCCCACCUUUACCUGUAAUUACAUCAUCACCCGUAUAUAACUGGGCAGCGUUUCUCCCCCUCCCUCUUUUCUCUCUUUCUCUUCUUCCUUCCCGCCCGCUACCCCUUUCUCCAUCUUAAAUAAAGUCCCACGUGGAACUGUU